UUGCAUUUGCACAUGCAACUAUGCGGAAUGCAUUGUCUUUCACACGGACCACACUCACAAAAACCACAUUCGAGCGCGACUCAACUUCCCAAUCAUCUUUAUUUGAAUCAUUCUGCUUCCGUGGCAGCGCCAUGGCGCCAAAGAAGCGGUUCAAGCGAGUCGCAGAACCGCUUCCACCAACCGAACCGGCGGAGAAAACACGGCGUUCCAAAUCACUCAAGCUCACCGCUAAACCCCAACCACCAGUGCCCCGCGACUUCUUCCAAAUCGAUGCUCUGGACCUCGCUCCUCGUUUGCUCGGAAAGUUUCUCCGCCGCGACGACGUCGUUCUUCAGAUUACCGAGGUUGAAGCGUAUAGACCUAAUGAUUCAGCUUGUCAUGGUCGAUUUGGUGUUACUCCGAGAACUGCUCCUGUUUUUGGGCCGGGUGGACAUGCCUAUGUUUAUCUUUGCUAUGGUCUCCACAUGAUGCUGAAUAUUGUUGCUGAUAAGGGAGGAGCUGGAGCUGCUGUUUUGAUUCGUUCUUGUGCUCCGAUUAGUGGCUUGGAUGUCAUUCAACAGCGCCGAGGCCAGAAAACUGACAAACCUAUUCUUCUUACCGGUCCAGGGAAGGUUGGUCAGGCACUGGGUCUUUCAACGGAAUGGUCCAAUCAUCCUCUUUAUACACCUGGUGGUUUGGAACUCUUAGAUGGUCCAGAACCAGAGAACAUAUUGGUCGGUCCACGUGUUGGUAUCCAAUACGCUUUGCCUGAGCAUGUAAAUGCACUGUGGAGAUUUGCCAUUGCUGAUACCCCUUGGAUCAGUGCUCCAAGAAACACUCUCAGGCCACCCUUAUAGUGAAGUUGUAGCUUAAGAGACAAAUGAUAAUUGAUAAUUAACGGAUAAGUAAAUUUCCAAUGUAUAGUCCUAUGAUAACCACAUGGCGUAAUACUGCAUCAAUCCUGCCAUUUUGUUAGUGAUGCCCUGUAUAAAGAAAGUUUCAACUUGAUUUUGACUA